AUGAUUGAUGCCCAUAUGACUUCCAACGAAUUUUAUCACGCCAUCAAACACACUGCUCGUAGGAGAUCGCCGGGUCCGAUGGCUUGCCGGCUGAAAAAUUACCAACUUUUCCCCCGCCAGCACUUGACAAAGUUCUUUUACACUGAGGUUUUUAAGGCGAAUUUUCGGCAUUGGGUUCGUACCCUUUUCAAGAGAACAAUGGUGCAGAUUGUGAUUAACAACUCUCGGUCGGACUUUUUUGUUUGGGAGCUGGGGUUUGGCAAGGUGAUCCUCCCUCUUUCUCCUGGUCUUUUUGUGCUCUUCGUAGAACCGCUAUUGUGUUAUAUUCGCGCAGUUAAUGACGGUUUUGCUAUCAAACUUCGGGACGUCACACCAUCUGCUUAG